AUGAAUAUAGAAAAAAAGUUGAAAGGGUUAGAAGCUCUUGAAUUUAAGGGUGAAGUUGAGGAAGGUCUUGUUACUGUGAACAUUUGGCUUAACGAUGUUAAAAUCGUGUUGGAGGGUCUCCACUGUUCUGAAAUGGAGAAGUUAGAUGGAGUGGUCUCUUUGCUACGAGGGCAUGCUCGGCAAGGGAAUCGUACCGUGUAUAACUACGAGUGCGAUUUUAAUAAACUGAGUAGAUUUUCUACAGAGCUAGUUCUGAUUGAAAAGGAUGCAUGUGAUUGGUUUGUUGAGGGUUUGUGCCCCAGACUAAAGGAGUUGUUGAUAGUUUUGAAUCUGUCAUCAUUCCAAGAAGUGGCCAAUUGUGCUAAAACUCUAGAGAGAGCUCAGAAUGAGAGUGAAAGAUUUAAUCCAUUAACUAACGUUAUAUCAGAGAUGUCGGCUAAAAAGUUAUUGUUACAAGGAUGUCUGACUUUCAUUGCUAACAUGAUUAACACUCGAGUUAAGGAGAAAGGAUUAGAGGACAUUCCGACGGUCCAGGAAUUUCCAUACGUAUUUCUAUUUGAGUUACCGAGAUUACCUCCUGAUAGGGAUAUUGAGUUUCAAAUUGAGGUAAUGCCUAGAACUGCACCAAUUGCAAUGUCUUCGUACAUAAUGGCCCUGAAGAAGCUAAACGAGCUAAAGAUUCAGUUGCAGAAGUUAUUGGAUUAG